CAUCAUUGGACAGCCAAUCAGGUGGGCACCUCCCUUCAAUGACCUCCUUGUUCCAGAAGAGUCCUUAGGCUGCUUCAAUGGACGGAGGGAGCCAAGAAGGAGGCCUGGCCUAAGUCCAAAGAUGAUAAUUACCACAUGGAUUAUGUACAUUCUCGCCCGGAAAGGUGUAGGGUGCCCCUUCCCACCAAAAACCAGUUCGGACAUCGAAGUUGUGGAAACUGAGGCUGUGUCUGUACUAGAGCACUGGUUGAAAAAAACCGAAGAAGAGGCUUCCCAGGAUAUAAAGGAGAAGAUGUCCAGCAGCUGCCCUUCCAUCCACGGCGAAGACAUCCACGUGACCAGAGAUGUGGUGAAACACCAUCUCUCAAAGUGCGAUUUGUUAACAAGCCCGAGUCAAGAAGUCCUGGAGGAAAGGACAAGAAUCCAGUUCAUAAGAUGGAGCCAUACCCGCAUCUUCCAAGUGCCAAGUGAGGUGAGAGAUGAAGUUGUGCGCGAUCGAAUAGAGCAGGUGAGACGAAGUUUAUGCCAUCUUUCGGAUGAGUCAUCUCAGAAUUUUGACAGAAAUUCCUACUCAGAGUGCUGA